CUUUCUUCUAUUUCUAAAGUCUAAAACCUUCUCUUCUCUCUCUCACUCUCAAAUCCCCAAUCCCCAUUUAUUAUCUAUCUCCCUUUGCCUGUCUUUCCACAAAUCCACUGCCCACAUCUUCUCCUCUCCUCGCUUGCAUUUCUCUGCCAUCUUGUUCUUUUCCUGUUUUCUUUUUUCUUUUUUAAUUCUUAUUUUAUUACAAAAAUCCCACAUCCAAAACCUCAUCAAUCAUACAUAUAGAAAAAGCCAUUUAUUGAAAACAAUAAAAAUAAAAAAGAUCUCAUCAUGAAAGGUGAAUAUGUAGAUUCCGAAAAUGGAAACCCCAACAACAUGUUCUCUAAACUUCACCACCACCACCACCAACGCCAAAACCAACCUUUCUCUCAUCACUUCCCUCUCUCUCACCAAUCCCAACCUCCUAUCUCCGAUGACCCCAAUGGCCCUUCCACCACCCCCAACUCUUCUCUCCCUCGUCUUGGCAGCGCCAGUACCGAUGGAGCUUCCAUUGAAGUCGUUCGACGACCCAGGGGUCGUCCUCCAGGUUCCAAAAAUAAGCCCAAACAACCCCUCCUCUUCUCUCGGGAACCUAACCCUGCCAUGAAUCCUUACGUUCUCGAAAUACCUGGAGGACACGACGUCGUUGAUGCUAUCUCCACCUUCUCUCGCCGCAAAAACAUUGGAAUCUGCGUACUUACAGGAUCUGGAACCGUUUCCAAUGUAACUAUCCGCCAACUCUCGUCUACGCCGGGAGCUGUCAUAACUUUCCAUGGCAGAUUCGACAUCUUAUCCCUCUCAGCCACGUUCCUACCCCCAACGACGUCGUAUCAGGUUCCGAACACGUUCUCUAUCUCUUUAGCGGGUCCUCAAGGCCAGAUCGUUGGAGGUUUCGUGGCUGGCUCCUUGGUGGCGGCUGGCACGGUGUAUAUAGUUGCCGCUACGUUUACCAACCCUUCAUAUCAUCAGUUACCAGGAGGAGGAGGAGGAGGAGGAGAAGAAACUAGGAAUACGAUGUCGUCUGGUGGAGAUGGUGAAGGUGAAGGACAGUCGCCGCCGUUUUCUGGUGGCGGUGGAGAUAGUACUGGUCACGGCGGCGGUUCAGAAUCUUGUGGGGUUUCGAUGUACAGUAAUCAUUUCGGAGGUGGAUCAGAUGUGAUUUGGGCUCCAACUGCUAGACCACCGCCUCCUCCACCGCCUUACUAAUUUAGGUUCAAGCUUUAUCUUUCUUUCAAAAAUAUUAUUCUUUGGUAUCACUCUGAAUUUAAUGGAGUUUCAAUUAUGGUGUUUUUUUUUUCCAAAUCUUCUCUUUCUGUAUGAGUUAUGCAGUUUUUGUAUUUCAUCAUCAUAAAUAUAAUCAUUAAUUAUCUUGUUUACAUUUUAA